AUGUCUGCUCCUCCUGGUGCAUCCGCACAGGACGGUCACGGAGCUUCACCCUCUCGAUCCCGCCCUGCCUCACCGGCCUCUCCAGCUCUAUCGAACACUUCAACCGUUGACGGCGAAGAGGAAAUCGAGUCUUCCCCCGUCCUUGUUACUCUUCAAGCUCCCCGACUCCCAGAAAGAGCUCUACAAUUUUUGAGAACACCACCUCCCGAGACCACUCAAUUCGGCACUGCUAGCUGGGGUUCCCCUUAUCCCCAGUCGGACAGCAAUCUCCGCCGUCGAAGUCUGAGCAGCGAAGGCUCAGACGAAUCUCCGAUUCACCACUUGGACAUCGAGACCCCUUUUCUCCGUCCGAUUCCUGAUCUACUACGAUCGCAGUCAGACCCACAGGGCUCUUCGCUGAGCGCCGCUGCCGCCGUACUUGCAAAUCGUGCUCGCCGACCGACUCGGGGACUUACUGAAGAUUGGAUCCGUACUCAUACCACCGACGACCCCAACGACGAGAGUCGACAUUGGUUCAGUGACGGAAGUGGAAGUGAGCACUCUUCGUUGAGCGGCUCCGAACCUGCUUGGCUGGAAGAGGGCGAGAUUCGCACUCCGCGAGCCACUCGGAGAACAAGAAACGUGUCUCGAGAAGGAUCUGGGCACCAUCCACGGGCCAGAUCUAGCAUCGAGACUCUCAGACCAGGGGAUUCCCUAAGUCCCAAGACGGGGCAAAACAACAGUAUGGCGACCUCCGAAGCCGCACCAGUAACGCAGGAUGCGGCGAGCGACAGGUCUCAGGCCGCCUCCACUCCGGAAGUACCUGUCGCAGAAACUACAGAAAAGCGUCUCCCUAGCCGUCCUGCUAACGGGGAGCCUGCGCUGCCCGCAACACCGAAGAAGGGCACUCAAAAGCCUCUCCCCAAGGAGCCUGCACCGACACCUCGUCUGAAAAAGAAGGUGCCAUGGAGAGGCAAGAACAUCAUGGUCCUUAUCCCACGGGACACUGAGCGAGGACAACCUGGCAAUGCGCCCAUGCCUCUGCGCCAGGAUGAGAUAGAACGUAUGUUUGCGUCUUGGGAAGAGCUCGGAUAUGAUAUUUCAGGAUUCGAUUUGGAAGUUGAGGGCUACCAAGUAGAAGGCACAGCCGAUUCUCAAACCCGAGACACCUGGCCAGACUUCGACGAAGUCGUCAGGGAGAGGGAACAACGUAGCUUCAAGGUCACACUUCCCGACUUGGAUGGCUGGAAAAAAUACGAGGCAGAUCUUCAAGAGGCCAAACUGCGGGCGCUUGGCGUGUCUUUCGGCGAUGAUGAACCAGUACUCUCGCCUGCUGCCACAGAUCUGAGCCGCCAACCCUCCGCUCAAUACCCUCCGCUCCCAUUCUCCCCCCCUCUGCCAACAUCCUCAGCCUCCAGCAACCAUGGCAUACCUGGAUUCCAACCUGGUCACUUUACACGACCUUCCACAAAUAGUCCUGGUCUAUCACAUGGUGCCUCGCCACUCUCGUUCGCAGGCAUGCCCAGCAAGUUCAACCCCAGACAAUCUAUCUCAUUUCCUGCCAAUAGUUCGCCUUUUGGUUUCCAGCAACAAACUCCACAAGGUUGGCCUGGCCUUAACCGCCACGAUUCACCUUCUCUUAUGGGCAUGAUGUCUCCGCACUCACCUUUUGGAGGACCCGAGAGUCCUGGCAUGAAUAUCCACCAGCGUCACCAGUCUCUGCAGUAUCCCAUGAUGCCUCAUCAGCAAUUCUCGUACUUGCAGCCUGCCCGCAACUCUCCUCGCCUGCAAGAGGUCCGCGAGGAUGAGGAGGAGGCUCCGAGCAAGAGUCCCUCGAUGACACCGGAACCGUCUCAACAACAGAAUACCGACACCCUACAAGCCGAGAUUGAUGACGCUGAAUACCAUCUGGAAGAGCAACUUCGCAAUGAAUUAGAGCACGAGGACUACAACCCCCAGCCCCAGAACGAGCAACCUGCAUCCUUCCCAGACCCGUUUGAGUCUGCUCAUGGUCAUCAAGCUUCUAAACAAUUUCCUGUCCAGGAACGAUUUGCCAGCGAACAGUCCAAGCCCCUUGUGUUGCAUCAUCCUCGACCUCACAGUCGUGGGCAUUCACUUUCUCAGGGUUACUUCCGGGAUCAUAAUGAAAACAGUGUCACUGCUGAUGAGAGCAACCUCACCAAGUUUAGCAGUCUUAAUGAGAUUCCAGAAUCUCACAAGCCAGACGAGGCUUAUGAGAUUGAGACCAAUCCUAGCAAUCUUGGUACCCCUGUUCAAGAGAUCGACUUCCCUGGGUUCGGCCAUCAGAAGAACUUCUCGACGGCCAGCAACCCCUGGAACGACGCUGGCUCCGCUGGCAGUGGUAAUAAGGCGGACCGACGUUCUAGCCAUGUUAGCAAACCCUCGCUCUCUAAGCUGAAUGUGCAAGCGCCUGAGUUCAAGUUUAACCCUGCAAGCUCAUUCACACCUGGCCAGUUCGACUUUGGUAGCAAGAGCAGCACUUUUCAGCCUGGUGCUAGUAGCUUUGAACCUGCUGUUAACACCUUUGAACCAACGGCCAGUACCUUCCAGCCAGGUGUUGGAAGCUUCCAACCCGGUGCUAGCAGCUUCCAACCUGGCGCGAGCACGUUCAGGCUGGGUGCUAGCAGCUUCCAGCCUACUGCCAGCACUUUCGAACCGAGCAGUUUCCAGGCUGCCAACCUUGAACCCGUUGGUUUCCAGCCCUCGGCAUUCCAGGCCAAUACCGACCUUUCCGGCACAAAUAUGUUUAGCUCUCCACCUGCGAAGCAGCCUUCACACGUUACACCGGCAAAGAUUAACGUUAACGCGCCGUCGUUUUCACCAGGCGAAAGUGCUUUCAGCUUCUCCACGUCAGGUCCCAAGUUCAAUGUCGCUGCACCCACGUUUACACCCCAUUCUGACUCUUUCACGAGCCCGGCCAGCCAGGGCAAACAUGGCAGCAUUUUCGGAAGCAUCGAUCUCAGCUCCAACGACAUGCAAUCGAACAAGAAGUCGAAGGCAGUGCCGAUCGUUAGACCGUCUAGUCGAUCGUCUGCUAAUUCAGAAGAGCCCGAGGAGCAUCUCGAUGUGGAUGGCCGGCCACUUGCUGAUGAGAACAGAUUCAAGCGAGCACGCAGUUCUGCACCUGGUGGUGACGAUGUGCCAUUAUUUGCAGAGCAGCCCAGUGGACAAGAUGUUUCGCCUCAAGAGACCCAACAGAACACACAAGACGAGCAUGCUCUGCCUGCGGAUACUUCUAUGUCUUCUAUUGUCACCUCCGAUCAGGUUGAUACUAAGACGACCACCGCUGCCCCAUCCGCUGCGCCUUCUGUCACAUCGACUGCAGAGAACAACAACUGGAAGCCUUACGAGUUUGAGUCUAACCAGGAUAUCCAGAACUUCAACGAAGCCCGUCCCUUUGGCGAAGAAAGCUUCGCACAUGGUCACAGGAAGACACUAUCCGCUAAUGUCGAGCCUCUCAAGCCUGGUGCGAGUUCCUACGGAGAGACCACACAGACCGAACAAGAAGACGAGGUGUCUGACCUUUCUCCUGUGGCUAGCCCUGUACCUGCUCGUGCUACUUCUGGUCUUGGUGCUUCUCGUUUCAACACUGAUCAGCAUCCCCCAAGGACAGUCUCCAAGGGACUUGGCGCUUCCCGUUUCGCUGAUCCCGUCAAGCCAGCUAAGGGUCUGGCUGCUUCCAGAUUUGCCAAGAGCCCGACGCCUGAGGAGAAGCCUCUUCCCCCUGUACCCGUCGAGGAUGAUGUCGUUGAAUCUGUCGAAGAGGAUGCGCCUGAACUUUCAGCUACCGCGCUACCCGCCACUGGCCGUGGCAGCAAUGAGCCGACGUUCGAGGAGAUCGAUGCCGUGAUGGAUCAGUUCCUUGAUGACCCUACAAUGGGUGUCAACAAAACACGCGAAUCUUCACAGUGGCCGCAGAGCAGCCCUGUUCUUAACUUGUCGGCCGUUGCAAAUUCUUCACCCUAUAAAUUAGAGCCUGCAAUUGACCGGUACAUCCGUGACGAGGCUAGUUCGACACCUAGGGAGUAUCACGUUCUUCCCCAGAACUCUGCCCAGCCUAUGCCUAGUACAGAGUUUGAGGAUCCCUUCCUCGACCCCCCUGUGCUCAAUGAUGGCCAAGCUAAUGAUGGUGAGAGCCUGCCAGCUAGUGACUGGGAGGGUGCCUUCACUGAAGAUGAACAUGACAAAUUGGAGAACCGAGCGCAGUUCUUCGAUGGUCGUGUUAACGAGGUAGUUGGCAACCUGUUGGCUUCUCGUCUUGAACCACUGGAAAAGUCGCUGUUUUCUAUUCAACAAGUCUUGGCCACUCGAGCUCGUGGUACUCCUUCCUCCCGCCGCGAUAUGCGCAGUAUCUCUGCCGAACUGCAACAGAGUGAUGCCGAUGAUGAGGACGAGGAACCCAUUUUCCGCCGCUCAAUGAGUCCUCGAAGAGAUCGACGCCUUGACCAAAUCCGAAUCGCGGUUAUGGAGGGUCUUCAGGCUCAACAACGCACCCAAAUUGAAACCUCAACCCCAGCCCCUGUUCCGGCAACCUCAGAAAACUCUCCUGCGGCUAUUGUGGAGGUCAUUGAGGCUCUCAAGCAACAGCUGACCAACAACGUUGGCCGCGAUGGUGAUCUGAAAAAGAUGAUCCAGGAAGCCGUCCAGGCUAGCGUACCCACCGUCAAAUCUGAACAAGAAGAAAACUCGAAGGUCACUGAGCUUCAGAGUAAGAUUACCGACCUUGAACAGCGUUUGUAUUUUGAGCAGACCAAGGUCGAGAACGAGGUCUCUGAGAGACGGGCUGCCGAGGAUAUGGCGGCCGAGCUUGUGCGCAAACUUCAAACCGCCGAAACACGUAUUGAGAUCGAAAUCAUCAACCGUAGCGUUUUUGACCAGCGUGUGGCCGACCUUGAAGAAAGACUUCGGGGGGCUGAAGAACUGAGCGAGGAAUCAAUUCUUGCUCGUCGUGCUGCUGAAGAUAAGCUGACUGAGUCUCGUGUUCACCAAGAGACCGCUGCUGAAGAGGUAGUUCGUCUCCGCGAACUGGUUGAGCAGAGGGAUCAUAAGUUACGUUCCCUGGAGCAAGCGAACAGCAAGACUGCUAUGCGUAUCGCUCUUUUGGAAGCUGCUCAGAACAACGCUACCCAGGCCCAACACGAGGCUAUUGCCAAGUGUAAGGGUAUGGAAGUCGAGCUCAAGGACGUUCGUCAAGACAACCACCACUGGCGUGCCGAGGCUGAGCGGUACGACGAGUCUGCCCGACAAAAGGGCGCUGAGUUAAACCGUGCAUUGGAAGACAACCAGCACAUGCAGAAGUCUCUGACCACCCUCACCACCCAGCUUGAGGAGAAUGAACGUAUCCGCGAAUCUUGGCGUAGCAAGUUUGUCUCUCUUCAAGAAGACAUGGGCAGGGCUGCUCGUGAAAUCGCCGAAGACAAUGCUCGUCGCAUCAAGAAAGACCAGGCUAUGCUUGCUAGACAGGAAGUAUUGGACGCUCGUCUCCAGGCCGAGGCUAAGACCCGCGAGCGUUUGGAAAUUGAGAUGGAUCGUCUGCAAUCGAAUGAACGAUCUGGCAUGCGUGCCAACAACGAAUGUGCUCGCCUGGAAGGCAUCAUUGGCGAGUUGAAGACCGAAAACCACAAGCUCGAGCAGAAAGCUAUGCGGUACCAGCGCGAGUUCGAGGAGGCACGCGAAUCUGGCCUCAGCGAAGUUAAGAGAACUAGAAUGGCUUUGCAGACUGAGAUCGACACCGCCAACAACCAGGUCAACUACAUCCGAGAGGAACUUGAAGAGCAGAAUUCCAAACUUCGAGCUGAACUGGAUAGUGUCAGACUUGAAGUCGACACCGCUAAAGCGCAGAAUGAGAUGCUUCUGGAGGAGGCUGAGAACAGUAAAACAGUCGAGCUCGACGAACUCACUCGCAAGCAUCAGAACGAGAUGGAGGAUCUUCAAACUCGAUAUGAGCGACGAGUUCACAACGCUCAAGAGGAUGCUCACAAGGCUGAGCAACACCUUCUUGAACGUCUCAGUCUGUCAGCUUCGAAGACCGAGCAUCUUCAAGAUCGCAUUCUCCAUCUCGAGGACAAACUCGAAAUCGCGAAACAAGCUGCUGCCGCCGCCGCACAAGCCGCCAAGUCUGCAGGGGCCGACAUCCAUGUUCCUGUCGCUCAGCCGAGGAGGGCCACUCGAGACCUUGACCCACCCGAGAGAAUCUCUCCCCAGGCUCUUCGUGAAUCCAUCAUGGUACUCCAGGAACAACUCCAGGCUCGCGAGCAGCGGAUUGAGGAACUGGAACAAACUCUAUCCAAGACUGAUCCCGAAGCCAACACCAAGAUCACCAAACGUGAUGAUGAAAUCACCUGGCUGCGCGAGCUCUUGGCUGUCAGGCACGAGAACCUACAAGAUAUCAUCGCGGCUCUUCAAAGCGACUCUUUUGAUCGCGACGCAGUGAAGGAUGCCGCGAUCAGACUCAAGGCAAACCUGCAGAUGGAAGAACAGGAGCGAGAGAGGGCAAUGAAUGGUGGCUCCGCCAUCAACUUACCCAAUAUUGCUCAGACAAUCCAGAAUGCGUCGCCUCGCGUGGCACAAACCAUUGGUCCCCUGGCAGCUGCUUGGGGCAACUGGCGAAAGGGCAACCGCGCCCAACCCUCACUAAGCAGCCUCUCUGGCGUCCUCAGUUCUCCGGCCCCUGGACGGAAAGCUACCCCCUCGCGUAGCAACUCAACCUCCCAUAACAAACCUAUGGGAGGUCUCAUGACACCUCCCGCUUCCACUGUCCGUCAGAAAUCGCCAGUGGAUAAUAAGCCCCAACCCACUGCCUUUGCAAGUACUGGACGUCGCUUCCCAUCGCAAAGCCACGCUCCUGGACGAGCACGAGGAGCUUCCAAUACUUCGCAUAGAGCGGAGCAAACCAUCGUUACACCACCGCCUGUUGAAUCAGAGGAUGAGCCCAUGACUCCUCCAAUGAUGCGAACGAGUGGCUACGACUCAGAUGCACAACCCGGAGAUUUCGACGAUAAUGAUUUCUUCGAAGACUAA